AUGAAGCUCGAUACCGGCGAAGUCGCCGGUGUUAAAUCCCCGAUCCACCCAACUGAGAGCAUAUAUUACCACGAGAGUGGUGAUCUCGCAGCUGAAGCCCUCGAAGGAAACCUCACUAUCCUCCCCGAAAUCCCGAUCUCGACGACCGCGAAGGUCAGCAUCGAGGAUCUACAGGUGGGAGACUCCGGAUCGGCCACACCCGAGGAGAUCGAGAGGCUCCGACAGAUCAUUUGGAAGAAACGACACCUCCUGAUCGGAAAAGGGAACGCCUUACCCCCGGCGGCCAAUGGCGUCAUGUGUGACAUCGAUGUCGGAAAUGCGAAACCGAUCGCACUUCGAACCCGGAAAGUGCCCACGCAAUUUCGAGAAAAAAUCGCAGCCCUCAUCAAGGGCCUCCUGGCAGCCGAGAUCAUCCGACCCUCGACAUCGCCAUGGGCCUCACCGAUCGUGAUUUUCCGCAAGAGUAACGGCGUGGCUAUUAGGUUGUGCAUUGACUACAAGUUGGUAAACAGCCUCACGAGGUUGAUGGGCUACCCUAUGUCCCUGAUCAGCGAUCUGCUAGAAGAUCUUGAUAAAGCACUACGGUACUGUUCGCUGGAUAUGGCCAGUGGCUUCUGGGUCGUGCCCAUGACAGAUCGGGCUCGCGAGAACUCAUGA